CUUGUCUAGAUAACUUAUAUAGCAAGUGUGGAUCCGGCUUUAUAAAUGUCAAUUCAAACAUUUUGCCUCUCUGCUUAACAUCAACGGAUUCCUAUUUGCUGUCGCUUUCCCUGCUGCGCACCUCCACAAUUGUCAUCACCUUUUAGGUUAACCCAGCAAUUUUAAAGUUUUCCCCAAGUUUCACCGAUUUAAACCCCAAAUGGCUGACCACAAACCCUUGUUUCGUGACCUGGACGGGGACGACGCCGACCCGGAAGCCACCAUAGUCGAAUCGUUGUGCAUGAAUUGCCAAAAAGAUGGCCAAACCAGGUUGCUGCUGACGAAAAUUCCCUUCUACAAGGAGGUGGUGAUCAUGUCGUUCACUUGCGAGCAUUGCGGCUACCAAAACAACGAAAUCCAGUCGAGCAGCGUUAUUCCGGAAAAGGGGGUCAAAAUCACCCUGACAGUGGCUAGCAAAGAGGACCUGAACAGACAGCUGGUUAAGAGCGACCACACCAGCACUCAAAUACCGGAGUUGAGCUUUGAAGUGCCGUCACAAAGCCAGAAAGGAGAAAUAACUACGGUGGAAGGUCUACUAAACCGCGCUAUUUCUGGCUUGGAACAAGACCAGCCUGCUAGGAGGGAGCAGCAUCUGGAAGUAGCCAAACAGAUUGAUGCAUUUAUUCGCUCCCUACAAGAGCUUAAGGAGCUGGACAAACCAUUCACUCUGAUUUUAGAAGACAUCAGUGGCAACAGUUUCAUCGAAAACUUGAGCGCCCCCAAAAGCGACCCGCAGUGCACUUACGAAUAUUUCCGGAGAAGUCCUGAACAGGAUCGCGAAUUAGGGAUUUUCUCUCACGAGGAAGUGACUGGGGAAAAGUCAAUUUUGCACCCGAUUAAGGAGGGCGAGUUCACUCUUGAGGACAUUGAGAGCGAAGUCCUGCGCUUUGCCACUAAUUGCUCCAAUUGCGGAGCACCGUGUGAGACCAACAUGAAGAUGACCAACAUCCCCCAUUUCAAGGAAGUGGUUAUUAUGGCCACUAGUUGUGAUGCCUGCGGUAUCAGGACUAACGAAGUGAAGUCAGGGGCGGGAGUUGAGCCCCAGGGGGUGCACAUUGAGGUGGAAGUGAGGCGCAAAGAGGACCUAACCAGGGAUGUUUUAAAGUCCGACACUUGCGACUUGGAAAUUCCGCAGCUCGAGCUUACAGUCGGCCCCCAUGCUUUAGGGGGCCGAUUCACUACCAUUGAAGGCUUGAUUACAGCGAUGAAGGACCAGCUGAACGAUCCUGCAACGUCACACAUUUUCGGCGAUUCCAAGCAAGAUAAAACUAAGCAACAAUUUGAGCAGUUCCUGAGCAAACUGGAUGACAUUCUGGAAAAUAAAGUGGUGGCCACGGUAGUUCUAGACGAUCCCUGCGGGAACAGCUACAUUCAGAGCAUGAAAGAUGGCGAUGAGACCGACGAUCAACUGAAGAUCACUCACUACGAAAGGACAUUUGAGCAAAAUGAAGAACUAGGACUCAACGACAUGCACACGGAGAACUACACGAAUUCAUAGAAAUAAUAAAAGCCACGAGGCAAAAGCGAAAA